GCUGUCACCGAAAGCGAAGCACAGUGGGAGAUUCAUACUUUACGGUGGUAAAAAAAACGGAAAAGAUGGAUAGUUUCUGCGAGGAAUUGUUUGGAUCGCUGGAAAACGAGACUCGUAGGAGAGUUAACAAUGCGGUUUUUAUCUCAAAAGACCAAGGACUUUCCACGGACAGUGAGGACGACGAGUGCGAUGCCUGUUCGAUGUCCUCGACGGUGACCAGCGGAACGCUGCGAGGAGCAGCGGUUCUUUUUGGGGAAGGUUAUAACUCAGACACGAGCUCGAGUACUACGGUGGCAAAGAUACUUCCCAAGAAACGGCGGGACUAUGAUCCGGAAGCGCACAAAAAUUGGCUUAAAGUUAAAAAUGAAGCAGAACGUCAGAAGCGAGAAAAAGAGCUAGCUCGAAAGAAACGAGAAGAACUUAAAAAGAAACUGGAAGAGGAAAAACGGAAGGAGCAAAGCGAGCAAAAGUGGAACCAAUGGCUGGAGAGAAAGAAACAGGAAGCGGAAGCAAAGGCGAAACAGCUACAGAAAACCAAAUCAAAGCAAAAGGUACAACAAUCUACCUCAAAAGCAUGGAUUCCUAACGACGAAAGCAUAUCGAACUUUAAAGUUUGGCUAAGUCGAGUCAAUCAGCAAGAGGAGAAAACCAAACUUCGGUCCCUCGCCCAGCAACGCCUGGAGGGCCAACUGAAAACCCAGCGGAAGGACCUCUCGCGGACCAUCUACGAAGAGUGGUGCAAGUCGUCCAGCUCGAAGCCGAAACCGGUUCCGAUGAAUCGCGGCAUCGAGAGCCUCCGCGGAACCGUCUCCAGCAUCUUCGUCAACCCGCAACCCUGGCAAGGCAACCUCGAUUAGUAGACAGUUGUCUGAUGCUGACAGUUAAUA